AGUCCGACCAGAUUGAUUCCUGCACUACCAUUCUAAAGCUUAAUACGUUAAAUACGUUAAAAGCUAACGAUCUUAGAACGUCAUGUACAACCCGAGGAGCAAAGACCUUGACCGGGAGUAUUUUCCCAGUUACCAUUCUACCCGGUUUCAGGAUCAACCGGAGCCGAACAUCGCCGUUCAGGACCACUUUAUAAAGCUCACCCAGCAGCAUGAGAGGGACCUGACCCAGAAGCAGGCCAUAAGUGUGGACCACCUACGCUACGGAGAAGGUCGUCGGCUCGUGGAUGUCUUCUACAACAAAAGCACCCCCAACCAGGCGCCUCUUUUCGUUUUCAUCCACGGUGGCUACUGGCAGAUGCUGGACAAGAGCACCUCCUGUUCCGUCGUGGGUCCUUUGGUACGCAGGGGAUACCGCGUGGCCGUUAUGGACUACAACAUCUGCCCCGCCGUCACCCUCCAGACGCUUAUGAAGCAGUUUACCGAGUUCCUCAACUGGAUUUUUGACUACGCCGAGCUGACAAACGUGCUGGAAAUCACCUUUGCCGGUCACUCGGCCGGAGCCCACCUGCUGGCCCAGAUCCUUAAGGCGCCCGAAGUGAUCACGCCCCAAAGGAGCAAGAUGGUGUGGGCAUUGGUCUUCCUGUGUGGCGUCUACGAUCUGCGGGAGCUCUACAACCUGGAGUCUGUGAAUCCCAAGAACAUCCUGGGUCUAAGCUCGAUCAACGUGGAGGCCGUGUCUCCGAUGCUGUGGGAAUACAGCGAUGUCGCCAUCUGGAGCUCUACCAACAUCUAUGUGGUGGUCGCGGAGCAUGACAGUACCACCUUCAUCGAACAGAGUCGCCGCUAUGCAGAGCACUUGAAGAAAAGCGGGUUCCGCGCCAACUUUAAGAAAUUUCCCAAAUACGACCACUUCGACAUUAUUGAAGAGACGGCCGACGACGAAUCCGAUGUGUCCCGGUUUCUGCAAAACCUCCGAGCUGAAUAAACACUACUCAGAGCCCUGCUUUCUGUUAUUGUU